ACACGUUUCUACAGAUUAUAUAUUUUAUUAACGCUUACCUUGAAGCUUCCUUUCUAAAGUUAAGUCUUCAUAUUCCAAAAAAAAAAGAUUUCUUGAAACAUUCUUUUUAUAUGAAUACAUAGUAGUGUUUUUGAGUUAUGAAUGAUGAAGAGACAAACUUGGCGAGAAGUUUCAGCGAUGAUACUCACUCAGGGUUGGGACUUCCGGAUCUAUACUUGACAGAUGAAUGGAUGGACGAUGAUCUUGUCUCUGCUGUUUCCGGGAUGAAUCAUUCUUAUGGUUAUCAGACCAAUGUUGAUGCUGUUUUCUUCUCCGGUUCCUCUAGCAGUUUCAUUCAGCCCACAUCUCCAAGUACUAAAGCUUCUGUUGCCUCUGCUUCUGCCGAAACUCAAGUAAAGAAAGAAAAGAAGAAAGUUAAAGAGAGAGUUGCAUUCAAGACAAGGUCUGAUGUUGAAGUGCUUGACGACGGUUUCAAGUGGAGAAAGUAUGGCAAGAAGAUGGUGAAGAACAGCCCACAUCCCAGAAACUACUACAAAUGUGCAGCUGAUGCCUGUCCAGUGAAGAAAAGGGUUGAAAGAGAUAAAGAUGAUCCAAGCUUUGUUAUAACAACUUAUGAGGGCUCCCACAAUCACUCAAGCAUGUACUAAGGCUCCUAAGGAUUUUAUAAAUUUUUUGGUUUUACUAUAACCAAUGCUAUUCAUGGUAUGUGCUCUUUUUUUUUUGGUCAAAUCAUGGUAUGUGCUCUUAUGAAUCUGUUCUUGAGACUUUACAAUGUUUAUUAUAUUUAUACUGCUUCUAAGUUCUUUGUAUU